UGUCACCUACACUUCAUCUACGUAGAGAGAGAAAGUUCUCUGGUUCGGAUUUAAGAAAGAAAGAAGAUUGCUUGACUGAAGAACAAAUAAAUAAUACAACAAAUUGAUUCAGUUACUUCAAUCUCACUGAACCCAUUUUGAUUCUUCAUCUUCUUCAAACACCCAUUGAUGAAGAGAUUGAAAAGCUACUAUCUUCAUCUCAAACAUCCACAAACCAUGGUACGGAAAUGGAUCUUCCCAAUAUCAAUAGCAUCAAUACUCUCUCUUUUUCUACUCUUUCUCACAACCCUAACUUCCCCAGACGGUACCCCACUUCUUCCAAUCUAUCGUUCAUCACUUUCCGCUUCUGUUUUCGUUGAAUCGAAGCUACGUCCAAUUUCAAUUUCAUCGCUUCCUCCGCCGCCGAGAUUUGCAUACCUAAUCUCGGGUUCGGCCGGUGAUGGGAAAAUGUUGAAACGAACACUGUUAGCACUUUACCAUCCGAACAAUCAGUAUGUUGUUCAUCUCGAUGCGGAAUCGUCUCAGGAGGAAAGAAUGGAUCUGCAAAUGUUUGUGAAUAAUCAUCGGAUUUUUACUCAAUUUAGUAACGUUGUUAUGAUCACGAAAGCGAAUCUGGUUACUUAUCGUGGUCCGACAAUGGUGGCUAAUACCCUUCACGCGGCGGCGAUUUUGUUGAAACGUGGUGCCGAUUGGGACUGGUUUAUCAAUCUCAGCGCUUCCGAUUAUCCACUUGUUACUCAAGAUGAUCUACUUCAUACAUUCUCGUACCUGCCGCGAGAUCUCAAUUUCAUCGAUCAUACUAGCGAUAUUGGUUGGAAAGAAUUUCAGAGGGCAAAACCCAUAAUCAUCGAUCCGGGUCUGUAUAUGACAAAGAAAUCUGAUGUUUUUUGGAUUACUCAAAGAAGAAGUGUUCCAACAGCCUUUAAGCUUUUCACAGGAUCAGCUUGGAUGGCAUUAUCUCGACCAUUGAUUGAUUAUUGUAUAUGGGGUUGGGAUAAUUUACCAAGAACAGUCUUAAUGUACUAUUCAAAUUUCAUAUCAUCACCAGAAGGAUACUUUCACACUGUGAUAUGUAACGCAGAAGAAUUCAAAAACACGAGUGUAAACAGCGAUCUGCAUUUUAUAGCUUGGGACAAUCCUCCUAAACAGCACCCGCAUUACCUUACAAUGGAUGACAUGACGAAGAUGGUUGAGAGUAAUGCCCCGUUUGCGAGAAAGUUUCACGAGGAUGAGAAAGUUCUCGAUAGGAUUGAUUCUGAACUUUUGUUUCGAGGAACAGACAUGGUUGUUCCUGGUGGGUGGUGUUUGGGAAAAAGAAGGGAUGAUGGUAAUGGGAGUAGUAUUGAUCCAUGUUUGGUUGUGGGUAAUACAAGUGUUUUAAGACCGACUGAUGGUGCGAAAAGGCUUGAGAAUUUGAUUGGAUCUCUGUUGUCUAGUGAUCAGUUCAGACCUAGACAAUGCAAAUAGAUGUUCUAGGUUUGUUUUUAUUUUGUGGGUGUUGUUAGCAAAUGUUUUUACAUGUUUCUAAUUAAUUGUAUCCAUUAGUUGUAGUAGGAUUUGGUCAUUAAAUUCAAAAUUCAUUCCCC